CCAUAGUGACCAGACCAGGAAGUAAAAUACCUGAGUCGCCAUGUUGGAGAGUGAAGCAUUCUCUGAACAAAUCUGUCCAGGUGUCUGACCAUGUACCCCCGGACUUGGGCCCAGGAUGUGUUACGGUGUCAUCUCUGUGAGACCCCGGGCCCCCCUAUGUACUGUGACAUUUGUAAAGCCUGUGUUGGGGAACAUCUCUCUGAUGAAUCCAAAGAACACAAAGUGGUAUCAUUCAAAAAGCGGGGAUUCGCACCAGAAUGUUCAAAACAUUCAAAAAAAUUGUGUGAACUUUAUUGCGAACAAUGUGACAUUCCUAUUUGUUUGCAGUGUGUCUCCUCUGGUGAACAUCUAGGACACAAACAAGUUGAAAUUUUCAAAAGUCUUGACACCAAAAAAGAAGUAUUACAAAGAGAUUUAAAAGAAUUAGAGAAAUUGAUUUAUCCUAAAUACCAAGAAAUUGCAUCUGAUAUCCCAGUUCAGAAAGCUGAACUGCAUGAAAACUCCAAGAAAUUAACAACAGCUUUACACAAACAUGGAGAAGACUUGCACAGAGAAAUAGACAAUGCCAUCCAAAAACUGAAAUCUGACGUGGAUGAAAUGGAAUUCAAACACCUGGUUGUCCUUGAUAAGCAGGAAAAUGAAAUCAAACACAGUAUUUCUGAAAUUACAAGGUGCAUUGCUGAUCUGAAGAAAUUACUGACCUCCAAUGAUGUCAGCCUUGUCUCUGCCAACAAAUCCAGGGUUGCUGAAUUCAGAAGAUUGCCUCCUAAACUCACGGUUUCCCCUCAGAAGAUUAAAAAAGAACAGAUUUAUCAACAAAUUGGUUCUCUGUCAGCAUUAUCCAUCAAAACAGAAGAACGUGGCUACACAAUGGAUUCUCCCGGUGCUGAGUCCUCUCCCCCGUACAGACUGCUCACUGAUGUACCACGGAUCAUCACAGAAAUAAACACAGAGUACGGAGAAUCUAAUGAAUUAUUCAGUGUGUCCUGUCUGAGCGAUGAUGAGGUAUGGACGUGUGGUGAGGUCAACAUGAUGAGACUCUACAACCUCCACAGUAAACUAGUGAAGUCAAUCCAAACCAAGUCAGGGUACAUACUAGAGGGUAUAGCAGUGACACAGAGUGGUGAACUUGUUUAUGCUGAUCCUAAAGACAGAACUGUGAACAUAGUGAAGAAUACACAAAUACAGACAGUGAUCAGACUACAGGGAUGGAGACCUCUCAAUGUAUGUAGUACCUCCUCUGGUGGCCUUCUGGUUGUCAUGGUCACUGAUGAUAAGAAACAAGCAAAAGUUGUGCGUUAUUCUGGCUCCACAGAGAAACAAACGAUUCAAUACAAUGACAAAGGACAACCUCUCUAUUUAUCUGAUAUUGAUCCUAAAUAUAUAAGUGAAAACAAGAACCUAGAUAUCUGUGUAGCAGACUGGGGAGCCAAUGCAGUAGUGGUGGUCAAUCAGGCCGGUAAACUCCGGUUUACCUACACCGGUCCUCCCUCUACUACCAAGGAACCAUUUAAUCCAGAAGGCAUCACUACAGACAGCCAGGGUCGGAUCCUGACAGCAGACAUAAACAACAACCGAAUCCACAUCCUGGAUCAGGACGGACAGUUCCUUCGCUACAUUGACAACUGUCAUUUACAGGAUCCAUGUGGUUUAUGUGUGGACACCAGAGACAACCUCUUUGUGACUGAAUGGAAAACUGGUAAAGUGAAGAAAAUCCAAUAUUACAUGAUUUUAUGAACGUCAAAUAACAAUGUAGAUAAUUAUUAACUGAUUAGAUUUGUAAAAUGUUUUAUAUCAAUAAACUGUUUAUAUAUAUCAAAAGUAACACAAGUGUGUUUGUUUUAUGUUUCAUCAAACAAUGAAAAAUGUUAACAAUGAGAGACUGUGUUUUAGUUAUGUAUAUAUGCAUAUGAUUACUGUAUGUUUCUAUAUUUUACAUACUUUAAAUGUAUACAA